ACCUGUCUCUCAUCCUCCUUAGGCCCGCAUUCCCUGGGGCAUGUCCUUCUCAUGGUGGAUCACAGGAGCAUGAGAAGCCAGGCCAAACCAUGCAGUGUUUAAGGCCUCUGCUCAUGCUUCACGUGGCUGAGCCGAACACCACCAAUGGGGCAGGGACAGGAACUCUUCCCAGACUUGGAGGAAAGGAAAUAUUUGCUGAGCACCAAUCCUAAUGCUCACACCUCCUGACUGGCCUUCUUGUUUUCACUCUUGCCCUUGGCCAUGGUUUAUCUCCACGGAGCGGCCAGAGUGAUUGCGUUAAACUACCAAUCAGAUCAGACCACUCCCUUGUAUAACACCCUCCGGUGGCAUCUCUGGACAUUUGGCACGCAACCUCCUCCCUUACCUACAAGGCCUAUAGGAUGUUGUCAGUUUCUACCUCCAGAUCUCACUUGGCACCAUCUUCCCUUUCCUUGCAAAGCUCCAGCCACAAGGGCUGUGUUCUGGUUUGGCUGUGUCCCAACACAAAUCUCAUCUUGAAUUGUAGUUCCCAUAAUCCCAAGGGAGGAACCCAGUGGGAGGUAAUUGAAUCCCAUAAUCCAGGUGGGAGGAACCCAGUGGGAGGUAAUUGAAUCCCAUAAUCCAGGUGGGAGGAACCCAGUGGGAGGUAAUUGAAUAAUGGGGGAGGGGGACGAUUACCUCCAUGCUGUUCUCGUGAUAGUAAGUGAGUUCUCACAAGAUCUGAAGGUUUUAUAAGGGUUUUCCCCUUUUGCUUGGCACUUCUCCUUCCUGCCAUCAUGUGAAGGAUGUGUUUGCUUCCCCUUCUGCCAUAAUUGUAAGUUUCCUGAGGAUUCCCCAGCCAUGUUAAACUGUGAGGCAAUUAAACCUCUUUCCUUUAUAAAUUACCCAGUCUCGGGUAUGUCUUUACUUUUAUUUUUUAUUUUGUUUUGUUUUUUGAGAUAGAGUCUUGCUCUGUUGCCCAGGCUGGAAUGUAGUGGCAUGAUCUCAGCUCACUGCAACCUCCACCUCCCAGAUUCAAGCAAUUCUCUGGCCUCAACCUCCUGAGUAGCUGGGACUACAGGCAUGUGCCACCACACCCAGAUAAGGAAUCCUGAAGGAGGGAGUGUUGGAGAAGGGGAGGGCUCCGGAGAAGGCUGCCAGAGCAGCAGAUGCCUAACUGGGCUGAAGGUGAAGAGGGGGACCCGGAGUGGCCUGCUAGGGACUUGCGGCACUGUCCUCCAAGGAGUCCGCCCCCAGCUUUCAGGCAAGCUUGUGCCAAAGAUAAACCAGACAGGAAGGAAAAGUCCCUCCUUCUCAAGGAUGAACUAGAUCAUGCACAGGAUUCCAGCUCUUUAAAGAAAAGACGGCACCUCAAUUGCAGCAGGGAUGCUAUAAAGAGGAUCUGCGCACAGCACAGGGCGGCAAGGUGGAUGGUGACGCGGGUCCCCUACCAAGGAGGCAGGACUCUAAGGUUCCAGGUUCCACAAUUCCAGGCAAAUAGCUGACUGCUGACCACCCUCCCCUCAGCCAUGGACAUGCUUCAUCCGUCAUCGGUAUUCACGACCUCAGAACCUGAGAAUGCCUCCUCGGCCUGGCCCCCAGAUGCCACCCUGGGCAACGUGUCGGCGGGCCCAAACCCCACAGGGCUGGCCGUCAGUGGCAUUCUGAUCCCCCUGGUCUACCUGGUGGUGUGCGUGGUGGGCCUGCUGGGUAACUCGCUGGUCAUCUAUGUGGUCCUGCGGCACACGGCCAGCCCUUCGGUCACCAACGUCUACAUCCUCAACCUGGCACUGGCCGACGAGCUCUUCAUGCUGGGGCUGCCCUUCCUGGCCGCCCAGAACGCCCUGUCCUACUGGCCCUUUGGCUCCCUCAUGUGCCGCCUGGUCAUGGCGGUGGAUGGCAUCAACCAGUUCACCAGCAUCUUCUGCCUGACCGUCAUGAGCGUGGACCGCUACCUGGCCGUGGUACAUCCCACCCGCUCGGCCCGCUGGCGCACAGCUCCGGUGGCCCGCAUGGUCAGCGCGGCCGUGUGGGUGGCCUCAGCCGUGGUGGUGCUGCCCGUGGUGGUCUUCUCGGGAGUGCCCCGCGGCAUGAGCACCUGCCACAUGCAGUGGCCCGAGCCGGCGGCGGCCUGGAGAGCCGGCUUCAUCAUCUACACAGCCGCACUGGGCUUCUUCGGGCCGCUGCUGGUCAUCUGCCUCUGCUACCUGCUCAUCGUGGUGAAGGUGCGCUCAGCCGGGCGCCGGGUGUGGGCGCCCUCGUGCCAGCGGCGGCGGCACUCCGAACGCAGGGUCACGCGCAUGGUGGUGGCCGUGGUGGCGCUCUUCGUGCUCUGCUGGAUGCCUUUCUACGUGCUCAACAUCGUCAACGUGGUGUGCCCACUGCCCGAGGAGCCUGCCUUCUUCGGGCUCUACUUCCUGGUGGUGGCGCUGCCCUAUGCCAACAGCUGUGCCAACCCCAUCCUUUAUGGCUUCCUCUCCUACCGCUUCAAGCAGGGCUUCCGCAGGGUCCUGCUGCGGCCCUCCCGCCGCGUGCGCAGCCAGGAGCCCACUGCGGGGCCCCCGGAGAAGACUGAGGAGGAGGAUGAGGAGGAGGAGGAUGGGGAGGAGAGCAGGGAGGGGGGCAAGGGGAAGGAGAUGAACGGCCGGGUCAGCCAGAUCACGCAGCCCGGCCCCAGCGGGCAGGAGCGGCCGCCCAGCAGAGUGGCCAGCAAGGAGCAGCAGCUCCUACCUCAAGAGGCCUCCACUGGGGAGAAGUCCAGCACGAUGCGCAUCAGCUACCUGUAGGGGCCUGGGGAAAGCCAGGGUGGCCCGAGGAAGAGGCAGAAGCCGUGGGUGUGCCUAGGGCCUACUUCCCAAGGUGCCACAGGCCCAUGAUGGGAUGUUGAGGGGCCUGGGCUUUGAUGCUAUUGCUGCCAGGACUUGCUGUGUGACCGUGGGUAGGUUGCUUCCACUCUCUGGGCCUUGUUUUCUCCUCUGUGACUCAGGGAUAGGAGUCAUCAGCCUGGAUGAGCUAUGGCAGAUGAGAGGUUUGGAGGGCACUGUUGCUGGGCUGACCUGGCUGAGCGGGCAAAAGGUGGGUGCAGACUGGCCUCCCCCCAGGGAUGGAGUGUCUUGGGGCAUCAACCAGAAUCUUGGCCCUCAGAGGGAUAAACCAAGGCCAGGAUUUCUUGGGCUCAGAGUCAGGGACACAGGAGCUGCUGGGGGCUGGGCUGGAAACCUAAACAGAAGAAAGCCUAACCUGGUGGGAGGAGUGAGGCAGAAAUGAUCAGGCCCCACAUCAGCUGCCUCCCCUCGACUGUGAGGUCUUGGACCAGCUCUGCUCCUCUCGAGGCCUCAGGCUUUACCCGGGGAAAACCCAACAACCUCCACGCCCUUUUGGCCCAGGUGGUCAGUGCUGGAGGUCCUGUGCUCCUGGAUGGGAAGAGCAGGUGAAUUUCCUAGGAAGCGAGUGAAGUCCAGCUUCAGGGUCUCUCACUGCCUGGGCUCUUGCAAGGCCCUGCAUCUACUUUUGUACUUGUCAUUUGGUAUUCGUUUUCUUAAAGAAGGACCUCAAACUGCAUAAGCUUAGGCCACCCAAAGCCUGGCUCUGCCCCUGCUGAGGUCAGCCACCCAAUCCCCAAGGAAGCUCACGUUGGGUCUUAUGGCUGGAGUAGGGGCUCCUGGGGGUUCCCAGGUCUUUUGAGGGCUUCCAGGCACCUCCUUGCAGGAGGGGCCAUCCCUGUUCCUCUCCUUGUGACCCAUAUUCUCCCUUCCUGGAGACCGAGGCAGGGACCCAGCCCAUGAGGACUGGCACGGAAAGGCAGAGUGUCUGAAGAGCACUGUGAGGAGAAGGAAGAGGAAGGGAGAAGAGGAAGAGGAAGGGAGAAGAGGAAGAGGAAGAAGAAGGAAGAGGAAGACAAGGGGGAAAGGGGAGGAUGAGGAGGGGGAAGGAGAAGCACAGAUCUGUUUCUUGGAGCUGUCUUUGGCCCCCCUGGGCUGAGCUCAGUGGUAGCAUCUGUGAACCUGAGUUGCCGACAACAGCCCCACCCAACCAGUACUGAGGGAAGGACACGAUCAGGGUGGAACAGCCAGGGUGCAAUGGCAAAUGCACAGAGUACAGACAGGCACAGGGCCUGUGUCCCUGAGGGGCCUAAGAGUGCUGCCAAGAAGGGCUCAGGCCUCAAUAAAGCCCUAGGGUGGAGCUGGCUACCAGGGAUAUUGGGAGGACUGGGGAGUUCCUGGUGGGUGGGAAGCAGGCCUCCCCAUGCCCUAUCAUCCUGGAGACUACAGGUCGGGAGGCCCAGGGAAGACAAGAAGAGGCUGAAGUGGGACUAUCAAGGGGGACCUUGGGGAGCAGCCACCACCCAAGGCUGGGCCUAGACUCCCUCCCAGAGAUAGUCCCUCAGAGCUGUGGUGAGGCUGGCCCUGGUAGGGUGAGACCCCCAGUGAAAUCCCUCCGCUUCCCCACCCCCUGCAGAGGGCAGGGGUCCUCAGGGAAAGCACAGGAACCAGACUUUUGGAGACUUGGAUCUUCAGCACACCUCAGGGUCCUGGGCUGGCGUUGGCCUUCUGGGCCUCAAUUUCCCCAUCAACAAAUGGAGGUGAAUCCCAGCUUGGCUGCCUCCUGGAAUCUAAUGAGAAAAUGAGUCAUAUGAGGUAACUUCCAGGCUCACUGCAAUGGGUAGGGUGGGGUGUAUCAGAUUAUAAAGUGGGGGUGCCCUCCUCACCCUCAGGCUUGGCCUAUACCCCCCUCUCCUUCAUCAAGUGGCCUCUCUGUGUCUGUCUUUUGGGGUGAGGACACUGUAGGCCAUGAGAAAUGGGCAGCUGGGGGGUCAGCGGCCAAGGGUCAGGGAGGCAGGGCUUGGGGAGAGUGUGGGACCGUCAGAGGAGAAGGAAGUUUGCAAAACCACAUUUUGGGUGGAGACGGAGGCUGGAGGCCCAGGGACUUGGUCUGGGGUUUCUUGAGGAAGAUCUGAGGGUCCAAGGGAGGAGGGACGCCCUGGCCUUCUGGCCUUCUCUGGCUGAUUCUGCUUUCUUGCUGCCUAGGACAGGAGAGUAAUGUCCUAGAAGGGUCCCUGGGAGGCCAGUUAAGAAACCCUUUGCUGCUUCUUUCUCUAGCUCUUGUCAAUAAAGACGGUGAUACCUGAUAA